AUGGAUAGUUCUCCGGCGCCAAACUUGAGUGAUCAAGUACCAAAACCGAGAAGAUCUCGCGAUGCUCUCAUUUCUGCCGCCAUUGUGUUGACACAGCUUGUGCAGAUGAUCCCGUACGGAGCAGGUAUCAACGGCGGACUGGAGAUUGGCAAGCGUGUUGGUGCCACACCGGCCGAGUCGGCUUGGAUAGUUGCAUCGUACCCGUUGACUCAGGGCGCGUUUGUGCUCAUGGGUGGUCGACUUGGUGCUGUCUACGGCCACAAGAAUACAGUAGUCGCUGCUGCUGUAAUCUGGGUCAUCUUCCAUCUAGUCUCGGGUUUCAUGAGAAGCGUGAUCACGCUGUCAGUCAUGCGCGCUCUCAGCGGGAUCGGUGGUGCUCUGAUCGUGCCAAACGCAAUCGCUUUGCUCACAAUCACGUUCCCACCGGGGAGGACGCGGAACAUCACUGUUGGUUUCUUUGGAGCCACGGCUCCCAUGGGCGCGACGUUGGGCAGUCUAAUGGCCGGGUUGUUCGUGCAGUUGCUUCCGUGGAAGUGGCUGUUCUUCUGCUUAAAGGAUUCUCACCUUGGGGCAUGGGGUUCUGACUCGAAUGAUAGAGCUAUACUGGGGGCAGUUGUUUUCACACUAUUCGCCGUUGUUGUACCUGGAGAGCCCGAGGUCUUCGACAAAGGCGGACACAUCGACUAUGUCGGGUCGUACCUCGGAGUCGGUGGACUUGUGCUAUUCAACUUUGUCUGGAACCAAGCCCCGGUCAUAGGCUGGGAGGAGCCGUAUGAGUAUGCGCUGCUCAUCGUGUCUAUCCUCCACUUCGUUGCAUUCGCGAUUUGGGAGUGGAAAUUUGCAACAGUCCCUAUCCUACCCUUUGACAUAUGGAGCGCACCGUCCUUCAGCGUCAUGAUCGUCUCAUCUUUCCUUUCCUUCAUGAGUGUGGGCAUCGUCAUCUGGUACAUGAGUGUCUGGAACCUUGAAGUUCGUCACUACACUCUCCUCUCCAACGCUGCGGCGUUCGCGACUUUAGCGGUCUGCGGUGCAGCUGCAGCCGUGAUCAGUGCAAAGGUGAUCAGGUACGUGGCAGCAGAAUAUAUCAUGGCUGUGGGGUCUCUUGCUUCCAUAGCAGCCUUGGUCCUGAUUGCAACGAUGCACGAGCAACAAACCUACUGGGCCCAAAUGUUCCCUGCACUGAUCUUCACUGCUUUUGGACCAGACUUCUUGUUCACGGCUGCGCAGAUCAUUGCAAGCAACACAGUGAAGAGGCAUGAGCAGGGCAUUGCGGGAUCCUUGAUAGGGACCUUGUUAUCGUACGGGCUCAGCACAGGACUCGGGUUCGCGGGAACAGUCGAGGCGCAUACCAAUGACGGUGGCCGUGACCGUAUUCAAGGGUAUCGAAAUGCGUUGUAUCUUGGGAUUGGGAUGGCCGCUGCAGCCAUGAUCCUAGCCGUCCUAUUCAUCCGCAUUCCCAAGGAUCAGCGCGACGGAUGGGACGAGGACGCGGAGGCUGAACGCCCAGCUACUUGUAGAAGCGAAAUUUAG